UUCCAGUAUUAUGAGAUGUCCUACGGGCUCAACAUUGAGAUGCACAAACAGGCUGAAAUCGUGAAGAGAUUAAAUGGGAUCUGUGCACAAGUCCUGCCCUACCUGUCUCAGGAGCACCAGCAGCAGGUCCUGGCAGCCAUAGAGAGGGCCAAGCAGGUCACCCCCCCAGAGAUGAACUCCAUCAUAAGGCAGCAGCUCCAGGCUCACCAGCUGUCUCAGCUCCAGGGUCUGGCCCUGCCCAUGACCCCCCUGCCGCUGGGCCUGAGCCAACCAACCCUCCCCGCCGUCACCACCUCCUCCGGCCUCUUCUCCCUCUCCUCCCUCCUGGCCUCCCAAGCCCAGCUGGCCAAGGAGGAGAAAGCGUCACGUGACGGAGUCGACAGCCACCGCGAGGAGGAUGGAGACAAGUCUGAUUAGAUGGCGUUCCUCUCCGUGCUCUGUUUUCCAGAGACCUGUAUCCCCCAGAUCCGUGCCCCUCGGCCUACAGCCUCUCCCCUGGUCUCCCUCUGUCUAAUCUUAGCUAACAUGGGCCACAACCCCCCCACCCCCACCCCCUCCACCACAGCUUCAGAUCCCUUCAAACUAGCCCCCUACAUACUACAGCCCAGCUCCUCGACAUCCAGCCUUUUGUUGGGGCUUUGACAUCCAUCCCUAAUUUCAGUUUAGUCCUGAUUUCUUUUCAUUUCAGACAGCUGGGUAUUUUUUAGCCUGCUUCCUUCUAUUUACCAUCAGAGUGUUUCCUAUAUCCUCCCAUCUUUUUGCCUGUGAUUAAGCUUAGUUUUUAUAUUUUUUUGUAUCAGGACUACUUUCUGUCUGUUCUAUUUCUGAUCUUUUGUCACUCUAUCUGUUCUCGUUUCCAAUUCUUUUUCAUCCCUCCCACUCUCCCCACUCCAGGUCCAUGUUAAGCAGGACUGAUCAACGUGAGACUGAAUGCACCCGACUUGUACCGUAGGUGUUAAAAUAGACUAAAAGAAAAAAAAAAAAACACAGGGAUUCUUUGGCAAAGACGUAAAACUUGUCAGACAUAACACAGGAUUCUUGCAAAAAUUCUCCUUCCCCCUCAAGAAAAACUUAUUUUGGCAGCUCAUCUCGCAUGCAUCCAUUCCAGGCUAAAAACUUGGCUGCGAGUUAAACUACCGGAUUGUAAUGGAUCAGAGUAUUGUUUAGACAUCGCCCAAGCUACAGCGUUGAAAGAUGGCGCUGUUGAAUUGCUGGCUAAAGCUACACUUGCAUCAUAACCAAAAAAAAAAAAAAGUCUGCUUUUAGUUGCUUAAAGCUCCCAGGAAAGCAGAAUUAACGAUAAAUCAUCUCCAGGUGUCAAACUACAGAUUUUGUCCUAAAUUUCUACAGAGAACAAGAGAAGCACCUUCUAGGAGCGCUCUCUGACUAGCUGACAAAGCCACCUCCGAUGUUCAGUCCUCACCUGAACCUGCAAGGUCAGGAACGUUCAAUAACAGCAAACCCACCCAGCACCUUAAACGAAACGCAACCAUUUCAUCAGUAAAUAAACAGAGCCGAGGUCUUACAUUGUGUAACGAGAAGAAGAGAUUCGCCUCUUGACUCUGAACCCCUCCCAACACCUCUUUCAUUUUUCAUGUGCACUAAUAUUAGAGCGGACUUGCAGGGGGAGGGCGAGAAAGAGGCAGAGUGUGCAUGUUAAGUGUUUGACAGCAGAGGGCAGCGUGUUUCUUUCCAGAAGCCUCCUCGCUGGCUUUAGGCCUGAGUAGAACAAGGACAGGACAAUGACAGAGGGGAGGGGAGGGGGGGGGGGGCGUAUUCAUCCCCAGUCUUUGCUGUACAAACUUUAAUAAACAGAGACAAGACUAGUGACAUUAAUCUCUGCAUGCAGUCAGGCCCGGUCUCUGUCCAUAACCCAGUUCUCAAGAAAAACAAGGAUGGAGUUUAUUUUAGGGAACACCAUCAGCAUGAAACAUCCCUAUGUACAGAAUAUUUAAAUACAGUGCAUUAUUAUCUUGAACUUAUUUAGAUUCACUGUGUACAUACAGGUCUGACCAUUUCAGGGCACCACUACAUUAUGUUGUAAAGUGUAUGAAAGUACAUGCAGCAUCCAUAGUGGCUUUCAUUAUCCUGUCUGAUUAGACCUCGACUUAGGUGGGUGUUGGCUGGAGCUACAGUUAAAGGGGCAAUUUGUAAUAUUUUGUGCUAUGAAAGGACACGAAAAUGAACUUACCGUAUCAACAGAGUGUGAAGAAAUAACAGUGUCAGAGAUGGUGUUGUUUUGUGUUGCAGGGAUAUCUACUGAGGUUAGCACCAAACAGUUGACCCUCUACAAAUAUUACAACCCUGUGUUACUUAAGAAAAAAACAUGCUUAGCAGUCAGGGGUGAGGAAUCAUAUUUUAAAACAGUUUCAAUGAUACCAUUAGUUAUGUAUGUUUCUCAGCAUUUAUAUCAAAAAACUUAAAGGGCGAGUAUUUCCCCCGCUCUUUGAGAACACACAUGAAAAGAGCAGUUCUGUCAUGUUCUGGUCAGUUUAACAGACUAUUUAUAAUCCUGUGAAAAUAGACCGUAUGACAAAACAAAUAUGGGAGGUUAUGUCAUGAAUCAUAUCACGCUCCCUGGUUGUUUUAGGCCACGUCCAGACGACAACGCUCGUGGUAUUUUUCUUUUGCAAAUUCUAAACAUUCCGCGUCCAUACACAUAUCAUUUCAAGAAAUAUCAGCAUCCAUGUGGAAACAGGAAAACUGGGUUAAAAUGGUGUAAUACCACACCACACCUGUAUAUGAUGAUGUACGCAAACACAUUCAGAGCUGCAGGAUACACUAAAUUCACAGAAGAACGCCUGCAUCCGGGUCUCCCUUCUAUCAGGACACCGUGGUGGAUUUAAAAAUAUCUGACAUCUGCAUCUGUUUAUGCGUCUCUGCUGGUCGUCGAACUGAUACAAUAUUACUGGAUUUUGUCGUAGUAUUGCUAAUAAACUUAUCAGAGCCUGCAGCACAAACACAACUCUGUAAUCUGCUGUUGUUGUUGUUGUUGUCGUUACCACCAGAGGUUACGUACGGGGUUUUCUCCUUAUUGUCAUGUGGUAUGGCGUCGUUUCCAAAAAGUGGUGUUUUGCUUAUCCACACAAGAUUGAGAUUUUUCCGCUCUGGGACCCAUUCUCAAAAAAUACCAUUAAACAUACGAAAGGCCGAAACAAUAUUCAGUUUUUACAAAUUGCUAUAGCUUCGUUGUCAUGUGGACAGGCUCUUAGUUCCAUGCAGGUUGGGGUUAAACUGGUGGGCAUCACCUACUGUCUUUUCGAAACUCUUGUCAUUGAUGUGGAAUGUGGAAGGACAGGGGAUGAACAGGAAACACGAUGAUAGUUCAACUCUUGCCAAGCGACUGUUAGUGCCACCCGCUCCUGGCAUUAAAUCACACUCGGUGGCGAUGAAAGGAAGUGAGAGGAAUAAAAGCAAAAUGAGAGUUGCAGCUCUGUUGCUUUUUGCAGCUAAAGGCCGUUUUUAUUGAAUAAAGGAUUGAAAUGUGAUGCUAAAUUCAGUGUUUCUUUUCACACUGGUGAGUUUGAAAUGGAACUAGAUUAUAAAUGUAUCUUGUUCCAACAGUGGUGACUGUUAGUUGUGUUUUGAUGCACAUUUUCAGCCAAUCGUUUUACAGACACAAGCAAUUUUAUGUAAAUUCAGGAUAGACUUUUACAAUCGGCUAUUGUCAACUCAAACUACAGAAAAACAUUCCCCAUGGAGGUGACGUAUAAGACACUAGUGUUACUUUGAUCAGUGUCUAGAGUUUGGACAACAGACCUCACACUUCUCUGACUGUUGAUAAUAGUAGUGUUUCCGUUCUUAUACAAAUUGCUCCUUUAACUCUGGCUGCAUCUCUUUAUUUACUACCU